AUGCCAAAUUGGAGGGAACAAGACAUCAAAAACGCGGAAAAAGACGUGUCCACGCAAAGCCGCCAAAGCCUGGGGCAUCCCCUACACCACCCUCUACCACCGGCUCACGCCCGGCAGGAAGACAUGCAGAGAGGCCAAGCAGGCGUACCAACGACUCAGCGUAUCCCAGGAGAGGUCUCUGGCUGCCUGGGCAUUUCGCAGGCGGAGCUGGGAUUCCCCGUCACCCGUCCUCAGAUCAAGGAGUAUAAGAAGGGAAAGGUAGCAGAGACACAGGAAACGGGAGAGGCAGAGGCCGGAGCAGGGAUAGAAGCUAGAGCAGCGGCACAGGAUGGGGCAGGGGAAGGAGCUGGAAUAGUGACAGAGCUUGGAGAAACGACAGAAGCUGGAGGGGUGACGGGAAGUCAGGCAGAGGUGGAGGAUGAACCAGUGGUAGAAGCUGGAGCAGGGACAGACGUCGAGGCCGAGGCCGAGGUGGAUGAAGUGGACAUGGAGACCCCAGCCGGCCAGAAUAACAACGAAGACAUGGAGACGUGGGAGCCGUGA